AUGAUGCGUUCAGUCAUCAGCAGAAACAUCGACCCAGGUCAAGCAAACGCCAAACAUCGACCCAGGUCAAGCAAAUGCCAAACAUCGACCCAGGUCAAGCAAACGCUAAACGUCGACCCAGGUCAAGCAAACGUCAAACGUCGACCCAGGUCAAGCAAACGUCAAACGUCGACCCAGGUCAAGCGAACGUCAAACGUCGACCCAGGUCAAGCAAACGCCAAACAUCGACCCAGGUCAAGCAAACGCCAAACGUCGACCCAGGUCAAGCAAACGUCAAACGUCGACCCAGGUCAAGCGAACGUCAAACGUCGACCCAGGUCAAGCAAACGCCAAACAUCGACCCAGGUCAAGCAAACGCCAAACAUCGACCCAGGUCAAGCAAACGUCAAACGUCGACCCAGUAUAAAGCCAGCACCGCGACAUGCGGCGGCGCACAACCACAAGGUGCAAGUGAAGGCAGGUACACCUGCAGCACAACAAGAGACUGGCCGUUAUUGCAGAGAGCUCACGAUGGGCGUUGUUGUGUCGUGCCAAGCUCAAAAUAAAGGCAACAAUGUGCUCUUGGAGCUAGACGUGGCACUGGGAAAGGACCAAACAAUCAAAGACAACAGGAAGGAGACAAUAGGUGUGCUGAGACGUUUGCCCAAGCUUAAGAAUGUUACCGAGAGGGAUCUGGUGGACACUUGCAUCCUUCUUCAAGAGGCAAAAGAAAAGAAAGCUAAGGCAUUGCGGGGAGCAGCGUCUAAUCUCGUCAAUGAUGGCCGACUGACGCAGAAAGAUAUAGAUGACCAGAUACGGAACCAGUCAGUUGUCAGGGUGAUGAGGUCUACAACACCCAAAGAGCUAAUGGCAUCAAUGAAUGUCAAAUAUUUCCCCUUCAACGGAGACGUGAAGGCGAAGGAGGGACAGACGUUUUACGCCUAUCACAAACUAUUGACACAGAGCAAGGAAAAAGGCGAGCACAAAGCGGUGUAUGCAAAGGUUGCGGGAAAUAACGGUGUAACUGGAGAAGACAUUGACCAGUGUCUCGCAGAGAUCGAAAGGAUAAUCAAACAUCACGCUGCUAUCGUGAAGAUCAAUCAAGCUAUAUCCAAUCAAAAGGUGGAUCCGAAGAACAUCAUGGCCGCUUUACAGGACCCAGAUGCUGAGCUAGACUUGCCUUCAGGGGGAACAGAUGCAGAACCAAGCAGGGAAAGAGAAUAUCAGAUACUGCUAUGGGAAGAUUACACAGAGAAGGAAGACAGUAAAACUGAUGUCAGAAUGGACAAACAUGACAUCCACAGAGUACUAUUAAGUCGGGAUAUACUUAAGAAAAUAGCUACGUUGAAAAGCGACCAGAAGGAUGAAUUGUUAGAGAGCCUAAGGAAAGAUGAAUUGAACAUUAGUGAAUAUCUUGUGGGCGACAUGAACAAAUCUGAAGAGUGGUGCUAUCCAACAUUAAUUUUGAAGCGUGACACCGAAAAACGGACACCCAAAGAUCCAAAGGGAACCACCGGCGAGAAUAGGUGCGAAUUCCUGACUCGACGAGAAAUAAAAAACAUUGUGAAAGAAUUCAAGGCAGUCUGGGAUAUACAGAGAAGGAAUCGACAGGAUUUGAAAGAACUUUGGGAUCAAGUGCUUCGAGAUGCCAACUUUCCUCCAGAGGUCAAAAAGACCCCGAAAGGAGCAGAUUUUGAAAAGUUAGAGGGCUAUCGCAAGCUGUUCAAAGACGAAGUUGAAUAUCAGCAGAAAGAACGACAAGAGCGGAAAGAACGACAAGAGCAGAAAGAACGACAAGAGCAGAAAGAACGACAAGAGCAGAAAGAACGACAAGAGCAGAAAGAGCAGAAAGAGCAGAAAGAACGACAAGAGAAAACGGCCCCCACAGAGGCAACACGUGGAUUUGAAAAUCUUUUGAGACGGCAAGAUGUCCAACGCAUUAUGUUUGAAUUGUACCCUGCCAUCAUAGAGAUAAAUGAAGUGAUAGAAUCUUUCAUCGAGGCCAAAAAUGAGGGGAGGAAAGGGGACAUUGGUCGUCUUCAGAAGAAAUGUCUGACAGCCAUAAGUAAGCCGUCCGCCCAACUGGUGACGGGAACCCUUGUCAACAACAAGCAAAAAGGUUAUUUGACACUGCUCUCUGGAAAAAGACAACCCAAAACAGGCAAGGUUGAUGAAACUGACAAGUGUUUCAAAGAGCGACUGACGUGGCGGCAAAUGCGAGACAUUCUUUCUGAUUUGAACGACUUUGAAGAUUUUGUGGAGAAGAUUAUGUCACCCAAAGCAACAGAUGCUGAUUGUCGUAAGCAUUACAAAACUAAUUUAGCAGCCAAGGCAGAUAUGAUCCAAUAUUACCGAUACAGAAGGAAGGAAGAAGAUAAAGAAAGGGUUAUGGAAUAUACACAAGAAUACGAAGGAGAAGGUCAUGAAGAACUCUGGGGCCACACGCUUCUACAUCUAGCCGUAUGUUUUCAUAAAACAGAAACAGCGAAGAAAAUAUGUAAAGAUGCGCCCAGUCUUAUCCACACUGACAUUGGAACAUGGCAUGUUCAUAGAAACACAUAUAAUGGACUGACACCCUUCCUUCUGGCAGUGGCACAUGGUGAUUUUGACUUGGUUAAGUGCAUGGAAAAGGUGGAGCGCAAAUAUACUGACAGGAUUGGUCGAAGGAUGAAUGGAACUGUGUUCAUGGGCCAGUUGCCAUUUCACACGGCUGUCCUGUGUUACUUGAACGACCCAAACAAAGACGAUACAUACAGGGAGCCAGAAAAUAGAUUUGUGAAGAUUAUCAAAUUGCUUGUGGAAGGAAAUGGUGUUCUUGAAGGACAAAACAAUAGAGGCGACACUGUUCUCCACAGCAUCAUGCGUUUUGUAAGAUGCUUUCCGGCGUGUGAGGCACGUGCAGUGGACAUGAUGUCAUGGUUGGAGUCCUUAAUGGAGGAGAAAGCAAUGAAAGAUGAUAAAGAUGUUAUUGACUAUAAAAGAAACCUAUUUUUCACAAAAAACAAAAGUCACAUGACAGCACUCCAACUUGCAACAGAAUGUGGCCACAUGAGUUUGUUUGCCUGCUUCAUAAAAAUAAAAGGAGUGUAUCUCAUUGCCUACCCCCAUGAUGACUUGUAUGAGAUACGACGAUUUGAUGUCACCGAGAUAGACAAGGUUGCUUUGCUCGAAGCUCAGCAAUGUCCAACACAAUCAGCCAAAAAGGAAACAGACAAGGAGGGUCAUCCUACAGAGGCAGCUGAUGCGGGAAGUAAGGCUCAAAUUCCCCAAGGGUCUAGUAAUGCCUCGAAAAAAGACGGAGAAAUUAAAGAAGGAAAAGAUCAGCCAAAAACCUUAAAUUCUUCUGUUGACAACAUCAGUAACCAAUCUGUUGCUGAACUUCUCUGCUGUAAGGAUCUAGAAGUCGCAACUAAACUGGUUAGCGCUGACGUUUUUGAAGAAAUGGUCCGGCGCAAACUGAAAACAUACGUGUAUCCCUUUAGGAUUCUGUGUUUUGGGCACGUAUCUCUGAUUAUACUGUUGUGUGUGUAUGUUGUUGCGAGAGCUGCUGCUAGUGAAGGCAUACCCUGGCCACCACGAGGAUUUCUUGAAUUCUGUAACGUUGUUACAUUUCUCAGUUCUUUUCUGUACUUUGUUCAAGAAUUCCCGCUUCGAUUUAAUUUUGGAAAACAACCAUUUACUCGGAAAGCACUUCACCACAACGUCGUCUACAGGGUCCUCUUUGUCCUGUUUGCUGUUUUCUUGUUUGUUGACUCGAUAUUGUACAGGAUACCCGAUUCAGUCUUUGUUGACUACAAAAUCUUAUUUCUGAUUUUGGCUAUCCUUGCAGGUACAUGGUCAAUAUUGUUCUUUCUGCGAAUAUGCAAAUACUUCAGCGUGUAUAUUGUACUUCUAAAUGAAGCUUUGAUUAGGGCUGUGAUGCCAUUUGCCGUUCUCAUCCUGAUGCAGGUGCUUGUGUUCUCUGCCUGUAUGCAUGCAACGUUUCUACACACUGAACAAGGAAGGGAUGUUAUAAGUGAUUUUUCACACUAUGGAAAAUCAUUACUUACCAUGGGUAAACUGAUGAUUGGUUUAACAGAAAUUGGAGAGCUAUUGGACUCCCGUGAAGAUUUUAUCAUAGUAUUUCUGUUUGCUGUAUUUUUACUGAUCACGUUUCUGCUGAUGAUCAAUGCCCUCAUUGGUGUAAUGACCAAUCGAUUCCAUGACACACAAACAAACAGAGAAAUGGUUUGUCGGUUACAAAAGCUAUCAAUUAUCAUCUUUAUUGAAGGCUGGUUUUCUGAACUGACUAAAAAACUUGGAUUCCCGAGGCUUGGAGUUGAUCCUGAAGAAUCAAAUGGAGACAAUGCAGAUGAAGCCAUUCGAACAAAUACUGAUUGAUACAGUACUAAGAGAUUCGUUAUGUCUUACAGGAAGGUUCGGAGUUCUACAGCAGAUAAUCCAGCAAAUGCUGAGCAUAUUCUACGAAAACAGGUGAAAAGAAGCGAGGAACUUAAUGAUAAGAUGGAUAGGUUGUUAGAUUUGCAAGAGACUAAGAGUUAUGAUGGAACGAGAGCUUUGAACAUUUACCAUUAUAGCUACUAGUUCAUGGGCGGGCGCAGCAUUUUGCUCUAGUUUGUGUGUGCGUGCGUGUGUGUGUGCGUGUGUGUGUGUGUGUGUUAGUGUGUGUGUAUGUUAGUGUGUGUGUGUGUGUGUGUGUGUUUGUGUGUGUGUGUGUGUGCGUGCGUGCGUGCGUGCGUGCGUGUGUCAAAGAAGGUAGUCUUAUCUAGACUAUCCAGUUAUUGAUAUUAUAAGCAUGGAUCCGCGCUGUCGAGUUCGAUGACACACUAUCAACAUUGUCAGGGAGCCUGACGCCGUAUGAUUACCAUGUGUUGCUGGGGAUCAAUUCUAACCUGGCUUGAGUUUCGUCAGAGAAAAACACAGAGUUUCAUGUUUUAUUGUUUCAAUACAUGUGUGGAUAUAGUUUUGAAGAAGAAUUUGAACACUACCACUUGAAGCUCGACUUGUAUGGCUCGGGAUGAAGAUGAAGAUGCCACAUUUCCGGGCAGGACAAUGUGCGAGGACGGGCACUUUCUGAAGCCUAAUUGUACCUGUGGUAUUUCGAAUUUCACAUACAACGUGAUUCAUUGUAUUAGGUCAACGUUGUUCAUGUUUGACAUGUUUUAUAUUCCAUAGAAGGUGUAGAAUCUAGAACGAAGACCUUGUAUCAUCACUAUUUGAUAGUCAUUUAUGAAUAAUUUAUAGUACAGUCUGAAUUGGACAUUGGACUUUUAGCAUAUAUUUCUUAUGAAUAUGGAAAUGUUUUUUGUUUGCUUUUAUCUUUGUAGUAAAUAUCUAUAUAUAGAUACAUUUGUACUUGAAAAUAUCUGUCUUAGAUGAAAAAUUGUUGCAGGAUUUACUCAAACAGAACACUCCACCUGCUACAGUUAUUCCUGCGUAGAUGGGUUUGCGGUUCUUAUGUCUAAGUUUUUUUGUUUGGUGUUAAUGUCGCACUCAGCUGUAUGCCGACGAUCUGUGGAUAUUCGAGUGUGGACCAGACAAUCCAGAGAUUGACAUCAUGAGCAAUUACGAAUACUAUGACUAACAAUCAACCAAGUCACCGGGCCUGACCACCAGAUCCAUUUGGUCGUCUCUCAAGACCAGAACAUUGAUGGGGACUGAAAUUCAUACCCCGAAUCCCAACGGGUGUUAGUGAUGUUUGUGGUGGUGGAGACUUGUAAAUAUAUUUGUAGUAAUUGUCAGUGGCAGCAAAUGAUUGAACAACUGGUAAAAAAUACCCAGUGAUGUCGUGGCCAGCUUUGAUCCGCGGCGACAGCAGCUAGUGAAGCUUUCAAGUUGGUUUGUGCUGGAAUAUAGAGUUAUCCGCCCCUGGUUGGUUAAUGCGAACAAGGAAGGCCUUGCCGAUCGAGAAGCAUCUUGUAUGUGGAUGGUACAGUUUCUAGAAGGCUGGCUGUAUCUCUCUAUAUAAGAGCGACGAGAGGGCGAUUCGAGGCCUUUACGACCUGAUCUAGAUCUUUUACCAGAUUCUAGAUUAUUCUAGAUUCAAGUACGAAGACAGGACUGGUUCAAUCAAUUAAGUGAGAAUAUUCUGGACAGUCGUGAAUACAUUUAAUUAAUUCUAAGCAUGAUAUUUAGUGAUGCUGCUAUUGUAAUGUCUUCUUA